GAAAGUCCAUGGCGUUACCUCGUUCUACACCCUGGUCAAACUAUAUACCUCGAAGCCGGCACUACGUACGUUUUGUUCCGUCUCCAAAACACGCCAACCCUCAUGUUUGGCGGUCAUGGGAUGCAGUGGACUAGGAUAGGAGACUGGGUGAAAAUUAUGCAGGAACAGAUGAGAAACGCAGCGAUU